CUUGAAACCCAAUCAAACAAUAUUCCGAUCAAAGUGUUGUCAUACUGCACAAUGAGAUUCGAACACCAACAUAACAGCGCAACCAAUAAAACAACCUGACAACCUUAUCCCAAGGCAUUAGGGUUGAAUAUCCUAAAGCAUUUAUGAAGAUAGGUGCAUAUGUAAGUUUGUAAAUAGCCUAGUAUUGUUGAGUGUGUGUGUAUAAAUAGUUGAACGUUUUAAGAUGUUACCAUUCCAAGUUUAAACUGUCUGUAGUCACAUCUUCUGUUAAGAGGUUUAUUUUGGAUUUUCAUCUCAAAACAGAAUUAUGAAGGUGUUUCUACCUCUGUUAUGUGUCGCGGCACUCGCCCUCGCCGAGCCUCCAGUCGGCGACGGGUACCCUCACUCCAGUCAUCAUCACGACCACGACUAUGACCACGAUCACGACCACAGCCAGGACUUCCAAAGAUCCCUCUCCCAAGAAUACGGACCUCCUGCCAGGUCUUUCGGAUCCUCACGGAACGCCCUCUCAACUGAAUACGGACCUCCGAACGCCAGAACUGCAAACCAAAGAUCAGGACCCUCCCAGACUUACGGAGUACCGAGUCAACGGAGUGGAGUGUCCCAGGAAUAUGGAGUUCCUAGCGAUAUUUCAUCAUCACGAAGCUUGUCAACUGAGUAUGGUCUUCCAAACCCUCGCAGUUCACCAUCAACCGAAUAUGGUGUACCCAGUGGCCGUAGCAGCCCUUCGGAAGAAUACGGUACACCAGCUGUCAGGAGCUUGUCGCAGGAAUAUGGUGUCCCAUCAGCUUUGUCUCAGGAGUAUGGAGUACCAGCUGAAAGAAGUGGCUUGUCCCAGGAAUAUGGAGUUCCUUCAUCCAGAUCCUUAUCUCAGGAGUAUGGGGUUCCUUCAUCCAGAUCUCUAUCUCAGGAGUAUGGUGCACCAUCAGCCAGGUCCCUAUCCCAGGAGUAUGGGGUUCCUUCAGCUAGAUCUGGUCUAUCCCAAGAAUACGGUGCUCCAUCAGCUCGUUCACAAACACCGUCUUCCCAGUACGGUCCUCCUGAAUUUCGCUCCACACCGUCAGAAGAAUACGGAAUACCGUCCCAAAGGAGCUUUGGUUCUCGCUCGCCGUCCCAGAAAUAUGGACCACCUACUUCCCGAAGCUCUUCCUUCUCCGCCAAUUCCUUGUCUCAAGAAUAUGGAGCGCCAUCAUCUAGAUCCGCUGAAGCCCAUAGUCUUACCACCCCCAGAAGUAUUGCCAAGUCUUUCGGCAGCAGUGCAGCUCGUCCCUUCAAACCUCGUGCGGAAGGUCGCUCGUCUUUCGGUUCGCGCUCCCCAUCAACUACCUAUGGUGCUCCAAGUGCGAGGAAUUCUGGCUCCUAUUCCCAAAGCGCGAAGGCUCUAUCUCAAACGUAUGGUGCGCCCGCCCAGCGUGAUUUGUCGGAUACCUAUGGAGUGCCAAACGCGAGGAGUCUAUCUCAGGAGUACGGAGCACCGUCGAGUCGUGCUGCUAAUCAGAAGACCAGUGCUAUUGCUUCGUCCUACUCUUCAGCUGCAUCCAGGUCUUCCCCAUCAGACACUUACGGCCCUCCUUCAGCUCGCGACUCCAUGCCCUCGGAGCAGUACGGAGUGCCGGACCAGUACAGCAACCAGAACAGCCAGGGUUACUCUUACGCUAGAGGUGCUCUUGAUGAACUGCUCAACCAAGAGCCAGCAAACUACGACUUCACCUACAAAGUGAAUGACUAUGAAUCCGGCAGCGACUUCGGCCACACGGAGUCCAGACAGGAGAACAGGGCUGAAGGCUCCUACUUCGUCGUCCUACCUGAUGGUACUAAGCAGACGGUGGAGUAUGAAGCCGACGAGCGUGGCUUCAAGCCGAGGAUCUCAGUGGAGCAGGUAGACCUGGCUCGCUCUGGUGGAUACGAUGACAACGCGUCAGAUCUCGCCAGGUCUGGUGAUGGACCUUAUUAGUAUAGGGAUAGAGAUCAUUUUGCUGUGGCAUUGGAAUGUUAGUUUGAUUGGUUGAUUGAUAGGCGCCAUUUUUUUUAAUCAAGGGCUUUUAGAGUAUUUUAAAAAAAACUUAUUAUGAUAAUAAUCUGUGUUAGUGAAAGGUAAAAUAUGCAAUUGUACAGUACUUGUGCACUGACUGCAUGGUCGCGGGUUCGAUUCCCGCACGGAACAACUCUUUGUGUGAUACACAGAUUGUUGUUCCGGGUCUGAGUGUCAUGUGUAUGUGAAAUUGUAUGUUUGUAAACGCACUCAUGACACAGGAGAAAAUUCUAGUGCAAGGGCAAUGUUUUAUUUUAAAAAAAGUACUGGUAUGAAGAUUUGCUACUUCUCUUUCAUCAAAAUAUUUUCAAAUUAAAUUUUUAGCACCGUUAAUUCAAUAAAUAUGUAGUCAAUAAUGUAUAAAAAAUAUAAACAAGAUAAAAAAAAACUACUUAUGUAUUUCAAUGUAGGAAUCAAAAGAAAAAUGUACUUAUUUCUCACAGUGGCGCCUCUAGCGGCAGUCAAUAGAACUAACAUUAAUUUAUGCACAAAAUGCUCUUUAAAAACACAUUGAACGAUGAUUUGUAUAUGAAAAUGGACUGUAAAAAGGAUCUGACUGUAAAAUACUCAGUAAUUUAUUAUUUUUCUAGCAAAUUGUAAAAAAAUGUAUAAAAAAAACAAUGCAAUAAUGUACCUCAUAGCUUGUAAGUCGCUUGUGAUUUAGUUUAGUGCGAAAUGAAAUAUAUUUUUGUGAUACUAUA